GCGGCGGGGAGCGCUCCUGCUCGGCGUGUGCUGCGCGGAACCCGGAGCGCGCCGCCGCGUGAGGAGCCCGGGACUCGGGCCGCGGCUGCCUCGGGAAUGCUUUCGGUCGGCGCCAACAUGGCUGCGGCCCUGCGCGCCGCGGCCGCCCGGCCCCGGGAUCGGCUGGUGUACGGCCUCGUGGGGGCCUGCCAGCCGUGGAGGUGCAGGUCGGGUGCAGCAGCCGCCACCGCCGCCGCUGCAGGAGCAGCCCAGCAUGCCAAGAGCGCACAACCUCAAGUUCAACCGGAGAAGAGGAAGCCAAAAACAGGAAUACUAAUGCUAAACAUGGGAGGCCCUGAAACCCUUGGAGAAGUUCACGACUUUCUUCUGAGGCUCUUCUUGGACCGAGACCUCAUGACGCUUCCUAUUCAAAAUAAGCUGGCACCAUUCAUCGCAAAACGCCGAGCCCCCAAAAUUCAAGAGCAGUACCGUAGGAUUGGAGGCGGAUCCCCCAUCAAGAUGUGGACUUCCAAGCAGGGGGAAGGCAUGGUGAAGCUGCUGGAUGAGUUGUCCCCUGCCACAGCCCCUCACAAAUACUAUAUUGGAUUUCGGUACGUCCAUCCGUUAACAGAAGAAGCAAUUGAGGAGAUGGAGAGAGACGGCCUAGAAAGGGCCAUCGCGUUCACGCAGUACCCGCAGUACAGCUGCUCUACCACAGGCAGCAGCUUAAAUGCCAUUUACAGAUACUAUAAUGAAGUGGGACGGAAGCCCACAAUGAAGUGGAGUACCAUUGAUAGGUGGCCCACACAUCGCCUCCUCAUCCAGUGCUUUGCAGACCACAUUCUAAAAGAACUGGACCAUUUUCCACUUGAGAAGAGAAGCGAGGUGGUCAUCUUGUUUUCCGCUCACUCACUGCCAAUGUCUGUGGUCAACAGAGGAGACCCCUAUCCUCAGGAAGUAGGUGCCACCGUCCAGAAAGUCAUGGAAAGGCUGGGUUACUGCAACCCCUACCGGCUGGUUUGGCAAUCCAAGGUGGGUCCCAUGCCCUGGUUGGGUCCUCAAACAGACCAGUCUAUCAAAGGGCUUUGUGAGAGAGGGAGGAAGAAUAUCCUUUUGGUUCCAAUAGCGUUCACCAGCGAUCACAUCGAAACGCUAUACGAAUUGGAUAUCGAGUACUCCCAAGUGUUGGCCAAUGAGUGCGGAGUUGAAAACAUCAGAAGAGCAGAGUCUCUUAAUGGAAAUCCAUUGUUCUCUAAGGCCCUGGCCGACCUGGUGCACUCGCACCUCCAGUCGAACGAGCUAUGCUCCAAGCAGUUGACGCUGAGUUGUCCGCUCUGUGUAAAUCCCGUCUGCAGGGAGACUAAAUCCUUCUUCACCAACCAGCAGCUGUGACCCCUGCCUGAGGACCUCGUGGGAUUAGGCAAAUUUGCCAACCUCCAGAUACCUCCGACGUGGAGGGGGACGUUAUUUAGAGAUGGGGAACAGAAGUCGCAUUAGUAUACGCACAGCCUUUGGGCACACAUUGUGUGAUUUCUUGAGGAUCGGACUCUGAAAUCCGUAUUGAGGGAUUUCUGUUUUUAUAUAGUUGUACAGUAACCAUUUAUAUUCCCCCUCUCGGGGUGAAGUUACUGGUUUGUAAUGUCCACUAGGACAUUGAAAAAUGAGUUUUAAAAGUUAUCUUAUGAGACAGACCCCUAUUUUAAAUACAGAUUUUGGUUUUAUUGCCCCAAGCGCCCUAAAAGGGUACAGACAGCCCUUUUUGUGGGCUGUCAGUGUGAAUGAGAUCUGUUUACAGUCUUGCGCAUAUAGUUGUGGUUUUUAAAAUGAGCAUAGUUGAGUAUUUGAAUGAAUUUGAAAAAGAAAUGUUACCUGAUCUUUCCCUAAGCCCAUGGGUGACGUGUUUGGUUACACACAGCGGCUGCUUUUGCUAGGGAGGCCCCCAUUCAUCGGUCAUUUUGGUAUUUGUGUGUCUCACUUUCCUCGCCAUAAAACCGAAUCAAGAACAGAUUUGAGAAGUGCUCUGAGAUUCCCCAGGCAUGCAAGACUAAUGAAUGUCUAGAAAUCCAGGGUCACCGUACACGCCUUGGUGAGAGUCCUUGGGGCCACGGGGAAGGGGCUCCGCUGCUUCCCGUCUGCAAGGACAGUGCUGCCGGGAGACACCAGGGUGGCCUUCUCCCCCUUAAAUCUCCUCCGCGGCCCUCGAGAGCCUUUCCUUCUAGAGUCUUCUGUAUUUUGGUUGAAUAUCUCCUUUCUGCACAUGUAUCUUAAGAAUUAUUUUAUAAGGUCAGCUCUGCUUUGUAACCUUCAACUUUUUAUUACUUUACAGGUUUUUACUAUAAAGAUUAUAUAGCCAUACAAUAGGACAUUCGAAAAAUACAGAAAAGAAAACUACUCUAAUGUAAUAACUAUUAUUAAUUAUGCUAUUUCGUGCCAGUCUUUUCCUGUGGAUAUUUUUAAUGCCAUUGUGACCUUGAAUUGGGGAGUGGAAAGUUGUCCUAAAAAUGUAGAAAUAAUGUCAGAUCAGAAUCUGAUCUUCUAUAUUUGGAUUUAAAUGGAUUAAAGAUCUCUAAUGGAUCCAUGAAGAAUUUGUAAUGAUCACUUUCUCUUUUCUCCAAGCUCUAAAACUUUUGUUCUUCAAAAGAGCAUUUCUUUGAUUUGUUUUUCAAAGCAAAUUUAUAAACUGGAAGUAUUAGGGGAUUCAUAGACCUUCUAUAUUCAGAAUUUGCUAUGUUAAUAAAUACUAGGACAUCA